AUGGAUUCUGGAACCUCAACAAAUCUAACCUUGGAUGAGAAUAUUAUGUGCCCGAUCUGUUUGGAAACUCCACACAAUGCAGUGCUACUUAAUUGCAGUUCAUACGAUAAAGGAUGCAGGCCAUUCAUGUGUAACACAGAUAGUUCUCUCUCAAACUGUUUCGAUCAGUAUAAACGUGCAAAAGGUUUUUCUGCCGCCACAAUGGUUCCUUCAACCGCAUCGGAGGUAUCAUCAUCAUCGUCGCAAAACUUUCAAGUAAUUCCUUUGAAUUUCGAUGGCCUCACUUGCCCAUUCUGUCGAGGAGAUGUUACGGGAAUUAGUGUGGUCGAUAACGUCCGUGCAUACCUCGACAUGAAGAAAAGGUGCUGCCAAGAGAUGGAUUGUGGGUACGUCGGCAACUAUGUUGAACUCCAACAUCAUGCUAGACAAGAGCAUCCAAAUUCUCGACCAUCUGAAGUUGAUCCAGAAAGACAACGAGCAUGGGAGAUUUUUCAGCAGUCCGUGAGAGAUUCAAUUUUCCGUCAGAGAUUUCUGGAGCCCUUGCAAAUCACUCUAAUUUCCGAACCUCCAAUUUUCCUUGGACGGCCGGCUACGCGAGGAAUUUUUGAGCAAAGGAACUUUAGGAGUCGCUCUAUGAGACGGAGACUUCACUCUAACGCAAUCUAUGAUAGAAAUCAAAGAUUAGUCUAA